UUUAGAUCUACCGCCAGUCUAGAUGCUAGAUCAUACUAGAUGUCUAUGUCUACCGGUAUGCGCAUGACGUAGCCAUGAGAUAGAGUGCACUGGUGGGGAAUGCUAAUGGGGAAUACCCCGUAAUCAAGAAUUUGUGUGUCAAUACCGAAAGCAGCGAUUGCUCAGUGGAAAAUGGCAGGUGGAUGAAGCUCCUGUAUUCCCUGCCACGACACGUUGGAAAGCAGGUUGGAUUCCCGCUCUCCGGUCUUAGCUCCCUCGUUAAAGUGUUAGUCGCGGUUACCGUGUCAGGCACCGACAAUAGCUGGCAGCUGAGCGAACCAGAGAGUCACCUGUAGUAGGAGGCUGGCGAGAAAGAACGUGGAAACGAAGCCCACUUUGAAAGCUAUUUUGUAAUUGACGGUCCAAGUAAGUUAGCUGCCGCCAGCCGUCUGUAUCCUGCUGCUGUCGGUGCAAAGGAGAAUAUAUCCAGCGUUAGCCAUCUCUACGGUCCUUGGCAAGAUAUUUCUGUGCUCGUGGAACCUGCUCAAGUAAAUUUCACGAACCUCUGGUAUGAAAACAAUGUACCUUGGAUAGAUUCUACUCGUGAAAAGAUGGAGUGGCCACCUGAUAUCCUGCGGAAAGCCACUGAUGACUUUAAUGACAGCAAUCGCAUCGGAGAAGGUGGUUUCGGUCCAGUGUUUUCCGGGAUGCUGUGGGGAACGCCAGUAGCAAUCAAAGUACUACGGUUGAAGAAUGAGUCAGAUUUCAACGAGAGAAUGGCACAGGAUCAGUACAAGACAGAGGUGGCAGUUCUUACUCGGUUUCGGCAUCCCAAUUUGGUGACACUGCUUGGCUAUAGCAAUGGUGUGCAUCGUCACCAGCAGCAAUGCUUAGUGUAUGAAUUCAUGCCGAAUGGCAGCUUGGAGGAUCAGCUCGAUCCCAAGACUCGCAAGACCAUAUUGGAUUAUACGCAUCGCUUGAACAUCAUGUUGGACUCGGCGCGGGGUCUGGUCUUUCUGCACCGAGCUCACAUUGAUAUGCCACUGGUGCAUCGAGAUGUCAAAAGUGCCAAUGUUCUACUGGACGCUCACUUCUGCGCCAAGGUUGGCGACUUUGGUUUAGCAAGGGACAUUGACAAUGGUGGUGGAAGGACCAGCAAGGUGAUGGGCACAUCAGGAUACAUUGCACCCGAAUACCUUCAUGGCCAGAUCACACCCAAGAUUGAUGUCUAUGCAUUUGGAGUGGUGAGUUUUUAGCAGCAUGAUCAAGUCUUGAGGGGAGAAACUAGCGACACGUUGAAUUGGACUAUUUCGUCAUCCCACUCACCCUAUAUCUCCACGGUGUUCUCUCGGCUGAACAACUUCACUUGCACAUCACCACCAUAGUGAGAACAAUUCGGUUGCGAUUUUCAUAUUGUCAGGCCCUCCCCACAGCGGGUUUAGGUCAAUAGAGCUAGCUUAUCCGCAAUGGCAGUGGUAGGAACUGGCUGGUGUUACAUCAUUUUUUACAUGCCGUGAUACACAGGGUCACGUAUUGAAACUGGCACAAUUGCCUAUGUUCUAAAUAGAUGCCAGUAUGGCAUGCUCUGACUGAGGACCUGAUACGAGAUGUCAGAGGAGAUAACAUGGAUCCAAAAAAGCUACGGUGUAUGAUUGUCAGAUAUUCCCAUUUUGAACUUCACUCGCUGCACCAUUAUUCAUUAUUGAUGUGAUGACAUAAUGUUAGUGCUAGACAAUGCAGGCAGGUGCUCACCUUGAAUGCAGAGUACGUUUAACUGGAUCCCCUACGCUGCUAUGUUGCAGUGCAAGGCUUGCACCAAGAACAUCAUGUGACUCGUGACCAGUACCCUGGAGACAACAUGCAAUGUUGCUCAAUGAAAUCCAGUCACAUCCUCAAGUUUGCGCCUUACACCAUUUCGCAGGCCAGUCACGGUUCGCAGGUCUAGGGCUGCGCAACGCCCGGCUCCUACUUGGAUAAUGCGACUGGAUUUCAUUGAGCAGCGCUGUACUCAUCGGGAAUAGCUUGUUAUGCUAAUAAACACU